AUGGUUGCUGCACCGCUUCCCGUCGUAUCCAGCCACGAUGCAUCAGAUGAUGAGGACGAGUGCCCCGUAUGCCUCGAACCCCUCAGCUUCAGCUUUCGGCUUCCUGGAGAGAAGCCUCACAUUGUUCCAGAGUGCGGUCACGCCCUACAUGAGGCAUGUUUCACCGCAGUCUAUGGCCCGCCCCCAGGACCCUCUCGCGCAGGCGGUGUCAUUCGUAAAACUAAUCUUGGCGUGUGCGGCGUUUGCAGACGGCCUAUGAAAGUCGGCGACGGGGACGGUGGAAAGUCUAACAAACUCGCUGCUCUCACUGGCAUGGGUGAUCCCAGCGGAGCGACGCUAUACCCUGGGAGGGAGACACCGUCCUCUGUGCGCUCCUUUAAUCCCCGCGCGCCGCACGCGGCGCCCCCAAAGCCAUACGACCCGAACGACGAUGAUCCCGUCGAGCACGUGUCCUCAAAGGCGAGCGGCAGCUCGCAGGAGCCUCAAUACAUCGUGUCGCCAUCAAUCCAAGUGCGAUCGGAGUUCGCGUCGCUCACGCGGGCGUCGGAGCCUAGCCAACCAUUGACGUGCAUUGUAGUUGUAGAGCUGCCCGGCAAGCGACUGAGCACGCAUGUGCCGGGCGCAGUCAUGCCUAUGCAUGAUACCUUCUCCCCAAGGGGGACGGGCUACCCGCAGGAGUCGAGCAGCAAAUCUGCCAGGUCGCAACCAAGUCCAAUGCAAGACUACAACGCGUCACCGCAAGCAAACGUCCCGGCGGAUCAGCAAUCUCAGCCACGAUCGCAGCAAAUGUCACCCGUGUCGUCGCACGACGCACUCCCGCCACCACGCACAGAGCCCGCCCAGACCGAGGACUCGCCAUUCAACGCGAUUACAGAGGAUCUGCGGAACCGUAUCAUCGACUGGAAGGGACAUCCGCUGUCCGGACUUGGGCCCCUCCAGAUGUACGACCUGCUCUCAGUUCGGCGCGACUCGAUGGUGCGCGAGUUUUAUGUAUACCUCUUCCGGGAGGCAAUCAUCUGCGUUGUCGAAGAGAAGAAGCGCACACUCGGUAGGCUACUCUCCAGUGCGGGCGGGGACGGGUCGGGGUCGGGUGUAGGGCAGAGCGCGCCGCAGAAGGGCGUGCUGCGGCUCAAGGGCCGAAUCUACAUCCGGCACAUCAAACACGUCACAGACACAUCCGUCGCGGGCGAACUGAGCCUGACUAUCGACAUGGAGGAUGAGCGGCUCGACUCAUUCAUCCUCAUCUUCCGUGAACGGCCGUCGCUUGAGACGUGGCGCGCGCACAUUCAGGCGCUCGUUGCGGUAUACCAGCAGCAGAGCGCAGCAGUCACGGCGCGGACGGAGCCGCCCGCUCCGGAGCUAGAAGAAUUUGGCGGGAGCCAGAAGGCGAUGCGGAUGCUCAGCGGGAGCACCGGCACCACGGUGAGCACGACGGACAGCCUACUGCUCAACGGCUCCUCCCGCUCAACGGCCUCCUCGCACACCUCGUACGGCUCCGCGUCCUCAAUUAACCAACAGCAGCAGCAACAACAACAGCGCGGGAUCCAUCAGAAGCUCAGCACACUCGACGAGGACGAGGAGCUCAACCGAUAUGGCUCGCCAACGCAGCUCGUUGCGCCGCACAUGUCUGCAGGCCCUAGCAAUUCGCUUCAACCGCUUCCACAUCCGCCGUUGGACCUCAUUAUGGUCGUAUCGAUCCCGUCGCCGUAUGCAACGCCGAGCACGGCCGCACUGAAGGUACGUGUGAUACGCGCAUCACUCGACUUCAUCAUCGCGUCGCUGGGCCCGAAGGACCGGCUGAGCCUGGUGACGUUUGAGGUUGGGAUUGGGGGGAGGGUACGCAAGACGCCGUUUUUGUGCCCGGGUAAACCCGCGAGCCGGACACGGCUGAAGAAGUUUGUGGACGAGCUGGGGCGACGCGAGGAUGGGACGCCGUUCGAGGAUGAGUUCUUGGUGAGAGCGUCGCAGGAAGAGAAGACAGAUGUUGUCACCGCGGUCAACCAUGGCCUUGAUGUUGUGCUUCAGCGCAAGUCGCGGAAUUCAGUGACCGGAAUGAUUCUGGUUAGUGACACGGCUGAAACGACACGGCGUGCGCAGAUGGACCUCGUUCUCGCACGGACGGAGGCGGCGAACGUACCCAUACACUCAUUUGGCUACGGCCGCUCGCACGACCCAGCGUCGCUAUGGCUGAUGUCGAACCAUACAAGUGGUACAUAUACGUUCGUCAAAGACUGGUACGACCUUCGGGACUGCCUUGCAGGCUGCAUUGGCGGCAUGAUGUCCAUCGGGCUCCUCCACAUGAAGCUGCACAUGAAGAUUGUCGACGGGCAGCGCUUCCGCAUCCGCAAGAUCUCUGGUGGUCCGCUGGCCAUUCUAUCCUCCGACGGGCGCGACGUCGAUGUCGAGCUAGGCGAGCUCAGGUACGGCGAACGCAAGGAGAUGUUGAUCGAGCUUGAGCUCGAUAACAGUGACGUCGCACCGAUGCCUGUGGUCCCGCAGAAUAUCAACCAGUCACAGCGUGCGCUGAACGCUACGGAUCAAUUCAUGGGCCGUAUGGGCUUGGACGCGCUGUCGAUCGCGGAUCUUCCGGAUCUCUCGGAUGGCAUGAUGGACCGCAUGAUCGACGAGGUCCCCGUAUUCGAAGUCGACGGCUCGUUCUUUGACCCUUCGGUGGCGAAGCACGUCUCUCGACUCGCACAUCCUGUCUUGCUGACUGUGACCCUCUUGCCCAACACUGGCAGCCGUCCACGAACCCCAGCCGCAAACGGUUCCGACCCGGUGAUCGUGCGCCGGAGGAUGGAGCUACUCGCAUCUGAUAUGAUCACUCGUGCGCUCGUACUCGUCUCACGGAAGAACGUCCCGCAAGCACAAAAGCUCCUCACCGAGACGAGGCGCAUCUUGCACACUGUGUUGCAGAACAUCACGCAGGCACUGCCGCCGCCCAGCCGCGAGGGCGUUACGGCGAGAAACCGCAAGGAAUUCCUCACGCUUUCAGCUGUGCGUGCUAUUCAGGCGGUGCUUCAGGAUAUGCAGAUCCUCGCGGAAGCGUUAGAAGAUAACGCUGACCUCUUUACGCAUGACCAGCGUAAUUUUGGUGCUCAACAGGCCAUGGUUCUUCGCGAUCAGAAGAGCUGGAGCGGCCGGAGUGCGAUCGAACGAUUGUUUUGGACGAUUGACAAUUCCAUCGAGCUGGUCUCAAGAAGUACUGACUGGGUUGCGCGCGAAUAA